AUGAGAGCAUGUGACGUUUGCCGCAAGAAAAAGCAGCGAUGCGUCACCUUAUACGGGUCUUCGAGCUGCUUGACCUGCCAGGCUGCUGGCCUGUCUUCAUGCACGUUUUUGCAGCCUCCCCCGCCAAAACGACGUGCUGCUGCGGCAAAUACCAAGGAAUUCACUGCUAGGAAACCCCGCGGGCGAGGCCCUUCGGAGGAGUUGUCUUCAGUGUCACCUAAAUCCACCUUGGACCAAGAACUUGACUAUCCUAAGGAAUCAAUACUGACGAAGACCCUCGGUCUCGAAAAGGGCCGCUUCUCAGAAUUGAUUGGACCUGGUGGCGAACAUGAUUCUUAUCUGUUGCAAACAACUCAUGCCCGCUCUAGGGUGAGACCAUCGGGAGAUGGCGAUAAUAUGACAACAUCUAGUGGAAUGCUGAGUCCGAUGACGAUGCGAAGGGUCCAUGAAAAUGUCUUCUUUCAGAUGACACCUGACGUGGAAGUCUCGCAAAAUCUCCGAAAAGGCGACAUAUGGGAUGAAGUCAGCGUCGACGAUGUCGAGUCCCUUGUGCGUCCACACGGUGCGACAUUGGUCAAGCUGUACUUUCGCAUUGUUCACCCGUCAUUCCCAAUUCUACAUAAGAAUGUAUUCAUAGAGAAAUACAACCGGACGUAUCGUGAAAUCACUGCACAUCUUUUAGCUGCCGUAUAUGCGUUGGCCGUUUGCUGGUGGUCUUAUGAUCCGGAUCUCUUAUUACAAGAAAAAAUCAACGAGGCUGCCUUGGUCAGAAUUGCUCACCACGCCGUGCAGGAUGCCAUGCAUCGUCCUCGUUUAAACACUAUACAAGCGGGUCUUUUGCUGCUACAACGUCAUCGCAAUCCACUCUUCAUGGAUAACUCUUGGAUGUGGUCUUUCACUUCGUCUCUCUUGGGCUUGGGCCAACAUCUUGGUCUCCAUUUGGACUGCUCAAAUUGGGAUAUCCCGGAGUGGGAAAAGGGUCUUCGAAAACGACUCGCUUGGGCUUUAUAUAUUCAGGACUCAUUCUCGGCACUUGUUCUUGGGCGGCCUUGCCUCAUCUCUGAAGCAGCGGAUUGGAUUGUGAAGCCGCUAGAAAGUACCGAUUUCUCAGAAGGUGCUGGCGAUGAGGAAGUAAGUGACCAGAUUGGAAGUGUUAGCAUUGAGAACGGGAAGGUUCUGUUCAUGGAGCUAGUAAGCCUGAGUCGCGUUACAGCACGUAUGCUACGUGAGCUCUACUCAGUCAGAUCUCUGGCGGAAGUGCUCGAACCACAGCAAGUUCUCGCUAUCGCAAAACCACUAGGAACCGAUCUCGCUCAAAUGCUCAAAAAUCUCCCUGAAGUGUUGAGUCUGGAAAAUAUAGAACCCGGAAAACUAUGUGUGAAUGGCUUUCUCCAUCUUGCCCUGCAUGCAACAACCGCAGCUCUGCAUCGCCGCCUGCUUUGGGCCAUACAACAGUCAAAGUCUGAGGUUGAUCCACAGUUUGUCCAAUUCAUCCGCAGAAUGCUUCGCACACGAGCGAUUAGUCUUGUAAAAUUUAUGUCUUAUCUUCGCCCUGAGCAUAUGGAAGCUUUCUGGUUCUUCGCUGCUGGUGGAUGUGCAACGAUACUGGGAGGCUUUCUGGGUCUUCUCCGCGCUACAAGUGUUACCCUGGAAGAAUCGGAAGAUCUUCAGAAUCUGAUGAAGGAAUUUGAAUGGCAACUUCGGAUGAAAGCGAAAAUGAGUGAAUGGGUAUCUUACACGUUGACUAGGCUUCGAGCGCUUGGAUGGGACGAUUGGAAAAAUUCCAAAGUCGCGUUACCAGAGCCUUUUUUAAACACAUUAUCUGUAGACGGAAAUGGGAAUGCUGAGACCUUUGUUGACUUAUCUCUAGUAUUAGAAGAUGACGUCGCCAGUUCGCCAUUAUCAAACCAGUCCCUUUCCUCAGCUUUCAUUGACCUUGACAAUCUCAUGUUAUGGACAAUCCCUGGUCUCAACUAUUCUGGGUACGACUUUAUACCUUCUGAGCCGACUUGA